UUAAAAAAAGCAUUUUUAACAAAAAGAGAGAAAAGUGAAAACAGAUUAAUUAAUUGAGAUCUGAAUUGUAAAAGAGAAAGAGAAAAAGAUAAGAACAAAAAGUUCAGUAAGACAGAGAAAGAGAAGAGAGAGAAAGAAGAUACCUCUGAUUAUGAAAGUGAAAGCUUGUGUUGUUGUUUUAACUUUUGGAGCUUACUCAUGGAACCACAACCAGCCACUAUCUGAUACCAACUGAAACCCUUUCUCUCUCUCUCUCUCUUCUUCUUCUUCUUCCUUCUUCUGCAUGAAAAAACCUCUCUCUUGAUUAACCCUUCAAACCAAAAACACAAUUGAUCAUCAGCAUCAUCCUUUUCGGGUACGGUUCAGUUCAUCCGUUUGAUUUUUCGUACUUGGGUUUUUUUGGUUAUUGGGGUUCUCUCCAUUUCUGGGGUUUUUCUUCGAAUCUGGUUUUUGGGUUUCAAGUUUUUGAAUCUGGGUCUGAAUCAGGAAGACAAAGAAAGGGUUUUUCUUCUUUUUAUUUUUUAAUGUAAAGGAAAGAUUUUUCUUUUCGGAUUCUGAAAACUUGAAAACAUCCUCAGUAACGCCGUUAUUUCCGCCAUUAUUAUUGAUAGUAAUAAUAGUAAAAAAGCCCCAAAUGAAAGACCUUGAGAAAAGCUUGGAUCCUCAGCUAUGGCAGGCCUGUGCCGGUGGAAUGGUCAAUAUACCACCAGUGAACUCUAAAGUCUUCUACUUUCCACAAGGCCACGCCGAACACUCCCAGACCCAUGUCGAUUUCUCCGCUGUUUCGAUCAGAAUCCCUCCAUUCGUUCUCUGCAGAGUUUCAGCUCUGAAAUUCAUGGCAGACCCAGAAAGUGAUGAGGUUUUUGCUAAGAUGAGAUUAGUGCCUUUAGGAAUUAACGAUUUUAGAGAAGAAGAAGAUGAUGAAGUAGUUGUUGUUGCUUCGGGUUCUGAUGAUAAUGGUUCUGAAAAUCAUCAUGAAAAGCCCACUUCUUUUGCUAAGACAUUAACUCAAUCUGAUGCCAAUAAUGGUGGUGGGUUUUCUGUUCCUAGGUAUUGUGCUGAGACAAUUUUUCCUGGUUUAGAUUACACUGCUGAUCCACCUGUUCAGACUGUUAUAGCUAAGGAUGUUCAUGGUGAGAUGUGGAAAUUUAGGCAUAUCUUUAGAGGUACUCCUCGUAGACAUUUGUUAACAACAGGUUGGAGUAAUUUUGUGAACCAGAAGAAGUUAGUUGCUGGCGAUUCGAUUGUGUUUCUCAGGACUAAAACUGGUGACAUUUGUGUUGGGAUUAGGAGAGCUAAGAGAGGCAUUGGUGGUGGUAAUGGAUCAGACACCACUUCUGGAUGGAACAAUGGUUCAUCUUAUGCUGGUGGUUUUUCGGUUUUCAUGAGGGAAGAUGAGAACAAAAUGGGGCGAAACUCGGGUUGUGGUGGCAAUUCUGGUCCUACUGCUGGUGGGAAUUUCAGAGGGACUAGAAGAGUAAGGCCUGAAGCUGUUGUUGAAGCUGCUGCUCGUGCUGCCAAUGGCGAGCCAUUCGAGAUUAUUUAUUACCCUCGUGUUAGCACUCCUGAGUUCUGUGUUAAGGCCUCUUCGGUUAAAGCCGCUAUGAGGAUUCAAUGGAGCUCGGGAAUGAGGUUUAAGAUGGCGUUUGAAACCGAGGAUUCGUCUCGAAUUAGCUGGUUUAUGGGAACUAUAGCUUCUGUUAAAGUUGCUGACCCUAUCCGCUGGCCUAAUUCCCCUUGGCGGCUUCUUCAGGUGACAUGGGAUGAACCAGAUUUGCUUCAGAAUGUGAAAUGUGUUAGUCCAUGGUUGAUUGAAUCGGUAGCUAACAUGCCAAUCAUCCACAUGUCAUCCUUUUCACCACCGAGAAAGAAGUUGCGAUUCCCUACAACGCAACACCCCGACUUUACUUUUGAUGGACAUUUCCCAGUGUCUUCAUUUUUAGGUAACCCCUUAGGGCCCAGCAGCCCCAUGUGUUUUCUUCCCGAUAACACACCUGCAGGCAUACAGGGAGCCAGGCAUGCUCUAUUUGGACUAUCUUUAUCGGAUCUCCAACUUAACAGCAAUAACAACAAGCUGCAACCCCAACCCGGGCUGUUGUCUUCCAGUUUCCACCAGCAGUUGAAUCAACACUCUGGAAUUUCGAGCGCUGGACUCAAAAGAGUCCGCUCUGACACCACUCCCACCACCACCAACAACAACAACAGCGAAAGCUUAUCUUGCUUACUCACAAUGGGAAAUUCUAGUCCAAAUGCUGAGAAAUCUGAUAGUGUAAAGAGACAUCAGUUUGUUCUCUUUGGUCAACGAAUACUCACCGAACAGCAAAUUUCAGCCGAUUCCCAUUCAGACAAAGCAAAGUUUCUCUCCAAUAGUUCAUCAGAAAAAUCAUCUAACAAUGUCGGGUUUUCAUGGCAUCAAGGUCACCAAGCUACCGAAUUUGGUAUGGAUACCGGUCAUUGUAAGGUGUUUAUGGAGUCUGAAGAUGUUGGACGGACUCUAGACCUUUCUGCUCUCGGUUCCUACGAGGAGCUGUACAGAAAGCUGGCUAACAUGUUCGAAAUUGAAAGAUCUGAGAUGCUCACCCGAGUUUUUUACCAUGAUGCUACCGGUACUCUUAAACAAACUGGAGAAGAACCUUUUAGUGAUUUUAUGAAGACAGCGAAAAGGCUGACAAUUAUAGCAGCAGAAGAUUCGAGCAACAAAAAUGUGGGAAGGACAUGGAUUACAGGAAUGCGAAAUGCGGAAAAUGGACUCGGGUCAUCAAACAAGACAGGUCCUUUGAGCAUAUUUGCUUGAUUUCCAUUCAUGUACUGAUCUUUGUUUAAUGAUUACUUACUAAGACUGAACAAGUGUUUUUGGAUGUCUAUUUUUAGCUAUUUAUUAUUUUGUAAGGAGAGAAUAGGAUAUUGAACUCCAUUUUCUAUUCAUGAUGAUGACUCAAUCUACUUGAUUUUCUAUCA